AUGAGCUCAGAACAAUCCAGUAUAGUUGCUGUCAAGGUUCGCGUGAUUGGAUACAAUAAGACUGGGGAAUGGUGUGAGGCUCGACUGACGGCAACGUAUCGGUCCGAUAACCAGAGAGGAGUUGGUCACAUUGGAUGGAUUCCUAGCAGCUACAUCGCUCCUCUGAACUCUCUUAACAAGCACGCCUGGUACCACGGUAAGGUAUCGCGAAAUGAAUCCGAAUACAUUUUGGGCAGCGGAAUCACUGGAUCCUUCUUGGUUCGUGAAUCAGAAACAAACGUCGGACAGUACUCAAUAUCUGUUCGACACGAAGGUCGUGUUUACCACUACAGAAUCAACGUCGACGCAGAUGAUAAG